UCUGAGCGGGAAAAACGUAAUGAUAGGACCGUUAUAUAUAUAGCAUGAUCCUUAAACUGUUCUUUAUCCUGCUGAGAAAUGGAUUACAUCAAGCUCUUCGAGAAAGCUAUGGUCGUUUCAUCCUCAGUUGCUUUGUUCUGGAAGAUCAUCAAACAUAUGUGGAGUCCCAUAAAUGUGGAGAAGGAGCCAGUGAAAGUAUUGGUUACCGGCGCAGCAGGACAAAUCGGCUACGCCCUCAUGCCUAUGAUUGCUAGGGGAGUCAUGUUAGGACCCGAUCAGCCUAUAAUUAUUCACAUGCUCGAUACCGAAAAAGCUGCCGAGGCCUUGAAUGGCCUGAAGAUGGAGCUGAUCGACGGCGCCUUCCCUCUGCUCAGAGGUGUCGUGGCCACUACGGAUGUUGUCGAAGCUUGCAGAGACGUAAACAUAGCUGUCAUGCUGGGUGGCAAACCGCGCCAAGAAGGCACGGAGAGGAAGGAUUGCAUAUCUAUGAACGUCUCCAUUUACAAGGCUCAAGCGUCGGCCUUGGAGCAGCAUGCCGCUGCCGAUUGCAAGGUUCUAGUGGUUGCCAAUCCUGCAAACACGAACGCGCUGAUCCUGAAAGAGUCUGCUCCUUCGAUCCCUGAGAAGAACAUCACGUGCCUCAUGAGGCUCGAUCACAACAGAGCGCUGGGCCAGAUAGCCGAAAAGCUGAAGGUGCGCGUGAGCGAUGUGAAGAACAUCAUCAUCUGGGGAAACCACUCCUCGACUCAAUAUCCAGAUGUUAAUCACGCCACCGUCGCCACCAGCAGUGGUCAGAGAUCUGUCAGAGAUCUCAUUGCCGACAAUGAAUGGUUGAAUACGGAGUUCAUUACUACCGUUCAACAGCGCGGUGAAGCGAUCAUGAAGGCUCGGAAACGUUCGAGCGUGCUAUCUGCUGCAAGCGCCGUGUGUGACCAUAUGCACGAUUGGCUGCUCGGCACACCCAAGGGAACAUGGGUCUCCAUGGGAGUCUGCUCGGAUGGUUCAUAUGGAAUCCCACCCGGCCUCAUCUACUCUUUCCCCGUCUCAUGUCAGAACGGAGAAUGGUCGAUCGUUCAAGGGCUUAAGAUUGAUGAAUUCUCGAGGGCGAAGAUGGAUGCCACGGCAAACGAGCUUAUCGAGGAGAAGUCACAGGCCUAUUUGUGUCUCGACCGAUUCUGCAGUCUUUCCAGCACUAGCGAUGAAGAGUGAUCAUCUUACGUUCUAUGGUUCAGCUGCUUUGUAACAUGAUUAAACAUGCCAAACUCCCGUUUGUUGCACGCUUCACAGAAACUACUACAUGAUAUAAUAUCAAACUGAAGAUGCCGCUUGCA